AACUAACCAAGAUGGUCCUUUCCUAGGAUUCACACUGGCCUCUGGCCAGCCUCACCUUGAGCAUCUCCCUUCUCACCUCUGUAGGGUCCUUCGCUUCUCACAGUACACAUGAGAGUCCCCAGAGACUAUGGGAUCAAGGCAGAGUGAGAAGAUAAAAGUGGGGGUGCUCCUGGGAAAAUAUGGUUCAAGUAUUCUUAAUUCCAGGCUCCACUCCCACGAGACUCAGGCCUGAGGGGCCCUGAGAAGACCAGACUCAUGGAAUUGACUUUAUCCUCUUUUCCAGAUGGAAGGUCUCAUUAUUCAACCUCUGAGGGGCCCCGUGAUGUCCCAGCUCACCUACCUAUGCCCUCCCUGAUCUGGGCACUGGCUCCCUGGCGGUGAGGUCUAGCUGGGGUGAUGGCGAGGUAGCACACUCCUCAAGGGGCCCUUGUGGUUCCUCCCCCAGUGCUAUUCCUGGCGUGGGUGCUCCCUGCCCCCCUGUCCCCCUGCCUGACCUGACCCCACAGCUGGGAAUGGUUUGCUGGGGGUGGGGCAGCCCCUGCCUAUAUAAGCCUGGACCUAGCCUGGAGGGCCAGACCUGCUGCUGACCCUUAAACACUCCUGCCUGACCCCUCAGCCAGCUCAGAAAUGACAGGAAAAACCGCCUCUGAGGCGUCUGCCUCAGAGGAGACAGUGCCUGAGCCAGCCAAGGCGCCCACAGAGCCCUCUGGAGAGGUGGCAGCAUCAGAGUCCACUGGGCAAGAGCAGGCUUCAGAGCCACAGAAGCCUGGAUCUCAGGCACAGGACCGGGCAGCCCCUGAAGCCCCCGCCAUGCCAGCCACCACUAAGCCUGAACCUCCAAGUGAAGAUGUCCCCAGUGCCCCACUGCGGCUGACCCUGGAGGACGUGAGCCACAAUUCCUUGACUGUGAGCUGGGAGCCCCCUGAGAAGCUGGGGAAACUGGGGCUUCAAGGCUAUGUGUUGGAGUUCUGCCGCCAGGGAGCCUCAGAAUGGGUGCCCGUGAAUCCCCGGCCUGUGAUGGUGACCCAGCAGACGGUUCGAAACCUGGCCCUUGGAGACAAGUUCUUCGUGCGUGUGACUGCAGUGAGCUCCGCGGGGGCAGGCCCCCCAGCCGUGCUGGACCAGCCCAUCCACAUCCAAGAGAUCAUUGAAGCCCCCAAGAUCCGUGUUCCCCGACACCUUCGUCAGACCUACAUCCGCUAUGUAGGAGAGCCGGUCAACCUGCAAAUUCCCUUCCAGGGAAAGCCCAAGCCUCAGGCCUCUUGGACCCACAAUGGCCAUGCCCUGGACAGCCAGAGAGUAAAUGUGCGCAGUGGGGACCAGGACUCCAUCCUCUUUAUUCGCUCAGCUCAGCGAGCAGACUCAGGCCGCUAUGAGCUCACGGUGCACCUGGAAGGCUUGGAAGCCAAGGCCAGCAUUGACAUCUUGGUGAUUGAGAAGCCUGGGCCCCCGAGCAGCAUCAAGCUACUGGAUGUCUGGGGUUGCAAUGCUGCCCUCGAGUGGACUCCACCUCAGGACACAGGCAACACAGAGCUCCUGGGCUACACCGUGCAGAAGGCAGACAAAAAGACAGGGCAAUGGUUCACAGUGCUGGAGCGCUACCACCCCACCACCUGCACCGUCUCAGACCUCAUCAUCGGCAACUCCUACUCCUUUCGGGUCUUCUCGGAAAACCUGUGUGGCCUCAGUGAGUUAGCCACCACUACCAAGGAGCUGGCCCACAUCCAGAAAACAGAUAUUACUGCCAAACCUAGAGAGUUUGUUGAGCGAGACUUCUCGGAAGCACCCUCAUUCACCCAGCCCUUGGCUGACCACACCUCCACACCUGGCUACAGCACUCAACUAUUCUGCAGCGUCCGAGCGUCACCUAAGCCCAAGAUCAUCUGGAUGAAAAACAAGAUGGACAUCCAGGGUGACCCCAAGUACCGUGCGGUUUCUGAGCAAGGGGUCUGCACCCUGGAGAUCCGGAAGCCCAGCCCCUUUGAUUCUGGGGUCUAUACUUGCAAGGCCAUCAAUGUACUAGGGGAGGCCUCUGUGGAUUGUCGGUUGGAGGUCAAAGGUGAGAGUCUGAAGGUUGCUAUAGUAGACAGGGCAAGUCCCUCUUUGGAGCUGGACUAG